GCGUACCAAACCCGCAUGCUGCCACCAUCCUAAAACAAUAAUGGACUGAAGAUAAAUUAUAUUGCAAGGGUGAUAUUGGUGAUUAGUCCACUGAGAGAUUCUGAUGUAUAGAAACACGAAAAGUUCUGUGCACACAAUUAAGGUGGCACUUUAUUCUAUCAAUUGAUAUUGUCUUUCAGUGCCCGUGACUCUCUCUUAUUUCCUUUCUUGUUGGCUUCUGGUAGGGACAACACUCUUCUCGUGGACUGUUGUUUUGUAUCCAUCAAUGCUUGUUUAUUUUUUAUACUAUUUGAUUCACGAACUAUAUAAAUAAAACUAUGAGAAAUCUUGUCCUCUAUAGGCAUGGAACUUGUGUUAAAGAAAAAGGCAGGGAACUCAAAUAUUUAAUAGAAUAGCCAUAUGACGUUGCAGCGUAGGUGAAUGAUGAUUUGAUUCAUCUAAAAUGACUCUUAUUGUCUUUAUAUAAAAUAGCAUUUAAAAAAAAAAUAGCAUAACUAUUGUCAAAACUCAAUUUGAUCAAAAUAAUCUAUCUAAAUUUCUUUUUAUCUUCUUGAUAUUAUUUCCUUAAACACUCAAGCGAAACCUCUGCUCAAAAGUGUUAUUUCUCAUGGUUCUUUAUUUCCUACGUUAGAUCUCAUCAAAUCUGGAACUUCAAUUCACCAACAACCAUAUACAAUAUGCACAAAUAGUUUUAUUCGUCAAAUCUAUAAAUUUUAUUUACUUACUGUAUACAUAUUUUAAUAAUAACGAUGUUUUGUAAAUCAAAGGUUUAAUAUAUAAAUAAAAUUCAUUACAGUGUACAGCUCUUAGAACAAUUAAAGAAGAUAAAUGCACACAACAACACCACUUUUUUAAUCGAAUGCACAAAAUAACACCAUUUAAAGAUUAAAAAGGAACUUUUGAAAGAACUUAAGAAUGACAAAAUAAAACUAUUCCAAAAAAUAAAGUCUAUAAAUAUUAAUUUACUUUUUUUUUUUGCAAAUGUUCAGGUUGAACAAGCAUAGAUCUGAAAUGGAAUUGUAAAUAAUAUUUUAAUAUUUAGCAGUUGAUAAAAAUGGCAAAUACCUACAUGCACAUUUUGAUCGCAUAUGCUCUGAAACAGAAAUCAUGAGUCUAGAAGUUGACAAAAGUAUGGACUUUCCUGGGUCUAGAAGUCUAAAAGUACAUUCAUCUUCCAUUUCAGUAUCAACAUUUUCAGAAACUACAUUUAAUUGAUCUGUAAACCACUGACGAAAAUCUAUUGUAUAAAACUAAUCUUUUGUAAGCAAAUUUGCACGACAUCGAGACUUCUACGGUACCACCAGAGAAUCUCAUGAUUUGAAACUAAUCCUUGCAUUAUUAAAUCUGGUUUCUUAAUCGAGAUUUUUAAUUCAUGAUUUGACAUUUUUUUUUUUUUUACAUUUUUCGAUUAAGAGACAGUUUUUAUAUCUCUUAUUUAAGAGACAGUUCUUAGCUUUUUUUAGUUAAAAUCUAGGAAAAUCUAAGAAGCAUCUCUUAACCAAAUUUAAGAACCUCAAUUAAGAAAUUGAAGUUAAUCAUGGUCUUAGGACAUGCGCAGCAGCGGUUCAUAUUUCCCAGUCUCUCGUGAUUUAAAAUAAAAUAAAAAAUAAAUGUAAAAAGAAAAGAGGGAAGAAUCGAUUGGUCUUCAAGAAACUAAAGUCUCAACAUAAAAUAUUUUUCUCCGUGUAUCAACUUUCAAUUGCUCAAAUUAUUCAAAAGAUAAAUAGAUAAAAUUAUAAAGUUAAACCAUAAUAUUUUAGUUUUGUUGAGAGGCUCAAUUAUCAUACACCGGCGCUGAUGCUCUUACACGUUAGCGGCAAAACAAUUUAAAUCGUUUUAUCACAUUGUCUUUCAUCUAAAGAAAGAAUUCUAGUAUUUUCUUGAAAGAAUUAUAGUCUUUUGAACCAAGGUUUCUUAACAUUUAUUGUUUCCAGAUUAUAUAUUUACUUUUCAAGAUUUGGUAUCAGGCUUUCUUGAAACUUCAGAUUUAUAGAACCAUUACACCUAGGUUCAACUAUUGUUUCCAGAUUAUGUAUUUUAACCGAUUUGAAUAAUAUAUACAAAGUUUAAAAAACUAUAAAAUAUAUAUUUAAUUUUUUAAAAAUAUAACAUGUGAUUUAAAAAAAAUUAAAUUGUAAUUUUUAAAAUUUAAUUUUUCUUUACUUGGUUAUUUGUUAAAAAUAUAAUCAAAUUCACUAUGAAGUUGUAUUCAAUAAAACGUGAUUUAAAUCAAUAUUUCAUCACAAAAAAAAGAUUAUAUAAAUUUACUAAGGAAGUUAAAAUCAGUAAUUCAAUAGUGCAUAAUUUUAUUUAGAUUUUCAAAUCCAUAUAAAAUCUUUAAAUAGACAUUCUACUAAAAAAAUCUAAUGUGAUACUAAGCAAUCCUACAAAAUCACCUGCUUUGCUUCAACUACAUACACUUUUUCUUUAUUUUCUUGCAAAUCUAGAUAAACAAGAGGUUGCAAGAUUUGUUUCAUUAAUUUACAAUUUUAUGCUUUCAUUUUUUAGCUGUAUAAAUAUAUAGAUUUGUGUAGGUGGAAGUACAUGCAUAUUUCACUCUUUACCCUAUACCAUUCUUCUGUAUUUCAGAAAAACUUAUUUCCAACAUAUAAUUUUAUAUUAUAUUCAAUGGAUUUAAAAGCCCUACAUCUAAAACUUCAAGAGAUGAGACAAUCUUUCUUUAACGAGGGCUACCUCAAUUGUCAGUAUACUCAGAUAGAAGCAUUGGAGAAAGACUCAAGCCCUUAUUUUAUUGUAGAAAUAAUAACUCUCUAUUUCAGAGAUUCCCCCAAUGUUAUUGCUGCUUUGGAGCAUGAAUUGGCGCGGGAGCCAAUAGAGCUACCCAAGAUUACCAAAUGCAUUAAUCGGUUAAAAAGCAGCAGCGCCAGCAUCGGUGCCAUCAAAAUUAACAAUGAACUUGAGAAGGCAAACAUACUUCUCCAAGCUGGCAAUGUAGAAGGAAUGAAAGAAGCAGUGCGUCGUAUUAAGAAGGAGCACAGUGAACUCCGCGCAAAGUUUGAGACAUAUUUUCAGUUCUUAGCUUAUUCUUUUCUUUGCCAGUUGAUGAGACGAGCUGGUCCAACAGAACAAGCUGUGAACUCAAGCUAAAGACAUCAUGUAAGCCAUGUA